AUGGCUCAGGAACGCUCCGGAAUCGUGGUCGGCCUCAACAAGGGUCACAAGACCACCCCUCUUAACACCCCCAAGACCCGGGUCAGCCGUACCAAGGGCCAGUCUUCCCGCCGUACCGCUUUCGUUCGUGAGAUCGCCCGCGAGGUUGUCGGCCUUGCCCCCUAUGAGCGCCGCAUCAUCGAACUCCUGAGAAACACUCAGGACAAGCGCGCUCGUAAGCUCGCCAAGAAGAGGCUCGGUACCUUCGGCCGUGGCAAGAGAAAGGUCGAGGACAUGCAGCGGGUCAUCGCCGAGGCCCGUCGUGUUGGUGCUCACUAAACGUCUUUUUUUUCUCUCCAUUUUCCUACCAAAAAACCAACCAACUGUGUUUCUCUCUCCCGAUUAGCCAAGAAUGAGAUAACGAGAACAAAAAUCAUUCUUCUCUUUUUUUAAUCAUCAGAAGAAAGGAUACAACAAUAAUGGAAUAUGAAGAAAAAGAGGAUUAGUCAGUGAUGAGGAGAAAACCACCACGCACGACGCCCACCCAAGAAUUAAAUAAAAUACCCUUUUUCG